AGAGAUAUGCAAGGAACAAUGGGUGGAGAGCAGGAAACGCUGUAUGGGAAACAGGAUUUCAUGUCACUGGAGUUCUGUUGGUGAGGGCCUCCAGGCAUUCCUCCCCCAAUGGCCUCCAUUCCCGCCCCGGCUGAACUCCAGCCAAGGAGACUCUUCCAUCUCAUGUCCUGCCCAGUCCAUUCCCACCCAUAACCCAUUCCUGUGCUGCCCAGAGUUUUUCUUUUGUCCCUAUCCCAAUGCUUCCUGGUCGGCAUGGAAGAAACAGCAGGAUUAACCCCCCUCUGAAGCUACAUAUGGUAUUAAAUGUUGGGCUUAGAAGGUCUUUUUGAAUUGGGACUCUGAUUUCCAGAACUUCCUUGGACUUCCUUGGACAGAAACACAGCUCUUCUGGCUAGCUAAAUGAAGCUACUUUUGCAUUUCCUGAGAUUUUCUCCAUGAAGCUCAGCGGAGGCAUUUUGUGGAGGUCUCUGAUGGAACAAGCCAAGAACAUUUCCUCUUAAAUCAGGCAACAGAAACUUAUCUUCCCCACCAUCCCUUUAGUCUAGUGUGUGAACUUCCUUUCAGCUCUUGCAAAGGACUUGAGGGCACAGACAUGCCAAGUGUGAAGAAGAUGGAUAUUGGGAAUGAAAAAUGACAAAUAUUCCCUCUGAACUUUUCCCUCUUAUGGAUUAGUGAUGCCUGAAUGCUCCUGACAUUGAGUGCAUCCUGGAAAAUGGGACUGGACAGGAUUUGUCUUCUAAGCUUCUUAUUACAACUGGCAGGAGCAAUUCUGGAUAUCACUCUAAUGGCCAAUGUUCUGAGUCCAUCGUACACUAACUUCUAUCUCUCAUGUGUGACGAGUGAACGGAAUGCCAGCCUCCAGAUUGUCAGAGACAAUAGAAUUGUCAUGACACAUCCUAAAUUCAAGCUCCAGAUGUACAGGAACACCAGCAGUGAAGUGCAGAUGCGAGGAUUCUCCCGGGCAGACCUGGUGGGCAUCAUCUACUGCUUGGGGAAAACUCAAUCAGAAGAAACCAGAGUGGUUUAUGUACACAACAACAUUAAUGCCAACCUAAUUCCAGAAAAGGUGACACAAACAGUCAGCCUCCACCAAACAGCUGUGCUUGUUGCCAAGAUAAAGUACGGGAAGAACGCAGACAUCUUGUGGAAAAGGAAUGGAACCUACCAUGAUAUCAUGGACCAGGGUGAGGUGAAGGAGGGUCGGUCCACACUGACCUUGCCGACUGUUCGCAUAGGUGACAGUGGGAUUUAUAGUGCUGCUUUCCUAGGAGACAGCCCCCUGUCAAAUGCCUUCUUCAGGCUGAUUGUGCGAGGUUGUGCAGCCAAGAAAUGGGGAUCCUCUUGUGAUAAAGACUGUCCUGACUGCCGGAAUGGAGGUGUUUGCCACCAUAUUGUGGGCGAAUGCAUCUGUCCACCAGGUUUUAUGGGUACCCGCUGUGAGAAAGCUUGUAGGGAAGGCAUGUUUGGCCGUAACUGCCAGGAGAAGUGCCGUAGUGACCAGGGCUGCAGGGGCCUGGCCUUGUGCUUGCCUGAUCCAUAUGGUUGUUCGUGUGCCCCUGGAUGGAGUGGGCUACAAUGUGACUCAGCCUGUUCCCCCGAGAAGUAUGGCCCCAAUUGUGCCCUGGAAUGUCAUUGCGAGAAUGGAGGCACUUGUAACCGCUUCAGUGGCUGCAUCUGCCCAGCUGGGUGGCACGGACAGCACUGCGAAAAGUCAGAUCGGAUACCCCAGCUCAUCGAUUUGCCUUCUCACUUGGAGUUUAAUGUAGGCUCUCAGCCUGUAGUUACUUGCACAGCAACAGGCAACCCACCCCCUGUGCGUGACAGCAUUGAAUUGCGCAAGGCUGAUGGAACAGUGAUCAUGCCUACAAAAGCCAUCAUGGAAAAGGAUAAGACGACCUGUGAAUUUCAAGUUCCACCAGUGAGCCUCUCUGACAUGUGUCUCUGGGAAUGCCGUGUCUCUACUUCUGGAGGGCAGGAUAGUGGCAAGUUCAAGGUCACUGUGAAAGUGCCUCCUGUGCCACUAAGCCCUCCCACGCUCCUGGCCAAGAAGAGUCGGCAGCUUGUGAUAUCUCCCGUGGGGCUCAUUUCUGGGGAUGGGCCCAUCAUUUCCAUCAAGGUUCUCUACAAGCCCCAAACUGGCACUUCUCGUUGGUUACCCAUUGUAGUUGGCAAUGUCCAGAACAUCACCCUGACAAAACUGCUGCCUGUCACUGCUUACCUGGUUAAAGUUCAGCUCACACGCCCUGAAGUUGGAGGAGAAGGUGCACCCGGACCUGUGGCGGUGAUGGUAACAGAGUGCCAAGAGCCAACAGCCAAGCCUGUGAUUGAAAAUAUAUUUUUUGAAGGGAGCCAGAAUCUGUGUGCAAACUGGAACUUGCCCAAGAGUGACACUGUGGGCUCUGGGUUCCUUGUCCAGCUCUAUGACCCAGCCAAAGAGCUUGUGCAUCGGGAGAACAUUACUUCUAUGACCGUGCAGUCUGCCUGUAUCCCAAAUCUUAAAUUCAACAAGGAGUAUAGCCUGGAAGUGCUAGUUUAUCAUUGUGCCAGCCUGGGACCACCAUCUGAUCCCUACAAGGUCAAGAUCAACAGCAAAGGCCCUUCUUCCCCAUUGUCUCUUGCAGUGGAACGCCUCACUGACAGCAGUGUCAAGCUCACAUGGCUGCCCCCCGAAUACCCCAAUGGUGGCAUCAACAAGUACAUUGUAGAGGUGCAACAGCUGGGGGGGACCACCGAACCACAAUGGGUGGAUACAGAAAAUGGCUGGGAUACAUCCAAGGUCAUAAUGGGGCUCAACAGCAGCAUAUUGUAUCAGUUCCGAGUGCGAGCCAAGUCUUACGUACCAGGAGAGUGGAGCACACCUGUGAGAUCUGAGAACUUGGGUGAUGGAGCACUGAGCCAAGAACCCACCCUCGGGAGCAGAAAUCCGUCUCCUUCCAACAUGGAUAAGCAGCUGCUGUUGGCAAUUGUCGGCUCCGUCUCUGUCACCUGCCUGACCAUCUUGUUUGCCCUUCUGGCUCUUUUCCUGAUCAAGAAAAACUUCUUCCACCGACGUCGGACAUUCACCUACCAGUCAGGCUCUGGAGAAGAGACCAUCCUGCAGUUCAACUCCGGCACACUGACCCUGACCCGCCGACCCAAGCCACAGCCUGAGCCUCUCAGCUACCCCAUCCUGGAGUGGGAAGACAUCAAGUUUGAGGACAUGAUAGGAGAAGGCAACUUCGGACAAGUCAUCCGAGCUAUGAUCAAGAAAGAUGGUCUGAGAAUGAAUGCUGCCAUCAAGAUGCUGAAAGAAUUUGCCUCUGAGAAUGACCACCGGGACUUUGCUGGAGAGCUGGAAGUGCUCUGUAAGCUGGGCCACCAUCCCAAUAUCAUCAACCUGCUGGGAGCCUGUGAGAACAAGGGAUACCUGUAUAUUGCUAUUGAAUAUGCACCUUAUGGGAACUUGCUAGACUUCCUUCGCAAGAGCAGAGUCCUGGAGACAGAUCCUGCCUUUGCCAGAGAGCAUGGAACAGCUUCAACCCUCACAUCCCAACAGCUCUUGCAGUUUGCAUCUGAUGUGGCCAAAGGCAUGCAGUACUUAAGUGAAAAACAGUUUAUCCACAGAGACUUGGCUGCCAGAAACAUCCUGGUGGGGGAAAACCUGACUUCCAAAAUUGCUGACUUUGGCUUAUCCCGGGGGGAGGAAGUUUACGUGAAGAAGACGAUGGGACGCUUGCCAGUUCGUUGGAUGGCCAUCGAAUCCUUGAAUUACAGCGUAUACACAACCAAAAGUGAUGUGUGGUCGUUUGGGGUCCUCUUGUGGGAAAUUGUUAGCUUGGGAGGAACACCAUACUGUGGCAUGACAUGUGCUGAGCUGUAUGAAAAGCUGCCCCAAGGAUACCGUAUGGAGAAGCCCCUCAACUGCGAUGAUGAAGUCUAUGAGCUAAUGCGGCAGUGCUGGCGGGACCGACCAUAUGAACGUCCGCCUUUUGCUCAGAUCUCGGUGCAGCUCAUCCGCAUGUUGGAAGCUAGGAAGGCCUAUGUGAACAUGGCUUUGUUUGAGAACUUCACCUAUGCAGGGAUCGAUGCAACAGCUGAAGAGGCAUGAUGGGAUUGAGCUCUUGCCUCAACACAAAGAGGACACACAUGAAAUAGGACUCUUCUGUGUAUAUAUAUGCCUUUUGACCACAAUCUUGUUAUGCUGGCUGUGCUGGGCACAGGGCAUACCUGGACAACUUCCAGUCUAGAGGAUCUUGCACAGACUUAAUCCUCAUUGCGAUUUCUCCUUCCUGUGCCACAGAAGCAUUGCAUUGUGCCUCAAGACUCCACCAUACUAAAAAGAGUCAUGGAGCUCUAGAAGAUAUGACAUAGCUAUAAAGCUGUGCUACUGACUCAUCUUUCUCAUGAACUCUUGUAUAGUUCAUAUUCCUAUUUCCACAAACUGACUGCAUGGAAAGUGUUUGAACUGCCAAUACAAUAUCCUGCCUGUCUCCUUGAAUGAUAGCAUGGAAAGUGCACACCAAAUAAGGGCAGAGAGUUCUGACAAGAGAGAGGUGGUCUUGAAGUCAGCAAGGAGACGAAGAGAGAAGAAUCAAACAAAUUGUGCUGGAAUCGGAGCAACCGGAGAACCAUCAUCCUCCAUGUACACACUGUAGAUAAGUCCCCUCUAUACUGUUAGGCAGAGUGAGGCAUCUAUUAUAGAGAUCGAGGCACAUGGUGCCAAAGGCUGGGAUUACAGAGUGGUGUGGGAGUAUGUAGUCUAUCCUUCAUAAUCCAAAUUGGCUGGCUGAGCGCACAAAUCUAUUGUGCCAGCCUCAGUGUGAAAAAAAGGUCGAACUGCCUGUCCACUUUGCUCUUGUACAUUGAACCGAGGGGAUGUGCCAUUUAUCCUUCACCACAGCCAGGAAAAUACCUAGUGUCAGAUUUCCCUAUAGUUUUGAAUUCUUUCCACACAGCUCUUAGUCAGAAUUUACCUGCUGCUUACAUGGCAGUCUGUUGGAAGCAAGGGAAUAAAGGUCAUUCACACUCCCUUUCCCCACUCCCUCCUUCAGCCCUUAUUUAUGUACAGGAAGACAGGAAUGGGAAAAUGUUACCCAUUCACUGAGUCCAGUCACUGGGCCAGGAACAGCACUUGUGCACUUGUGACCUGCAAAAUAUCCACUGCCACUUCUGAGAAUUGUUCCUUGAAACACCUGCCAGCCAACGUAGAACACUGCCCGGCUUGACAGGCAAAAUUUUGCAGAAUUAGUUUGGGCUUUUAGCAUUGCACCUCAUGCCCUUUCUCUGCUACCCACUCUUUGCCAUGUCUUGGUUUAGGACCUGCACAAAUACUUUGCAAAGCUGUCCUGCCAUCCAUUGCUGUGAACUGUAAAUAUGUUCCAGUGUGCUUCUGAUCAAGAGGCAAAUGCCCUUCUUCUGUUUCUCUGUUCUGUCCCCAUCCUCCUUUACACAGGCUCCUACUGCUAUUUUUUCAGAGACACUAUGUGUAUUAAAAUCUGUUUUUAAAACUGGAGGAAUAUAUUAGGGAAAAAAAAGCAUUCCACUGGAGUAGAUGAGUCUGUGAUCUAACUGAUCAGCGCUCUUCUUAGGUUCUUCAUAUGUAUACUACUAUAUUCAUGGUUGUAUUAUGUGACAGGAGGAACCACUGCUCGGUGGAAGAGCACAUGCUGUGCAUGUAUUACAUCUAAACAUUAAGAAAUACUUCUUUGCUGUAAGAACAGAAUAGAAAGUGUAAUAGGAAGUCUUCUGAAGGUGGAAGGUCCUUCUUUGAAAAUCUUUAAACACAAGUUGGGUGGGCAUAUUUCAGGGGUGCUUUAGUUGUGUACUAUUGUAUGGCAGAGGGUUGACUAGCCCUUGUGGUCCCUUCCAACUCUGAGAUUCUUUGACUCUAUUUGGAGGUGCCAGCAUCAAUCCCUGGUACGUCCAGUUAGAAAAGGUCAGGUAGCAAGUGAGGGCAAGGGGAAAAGGGAACUCUGAGAGCUGCUUCCAGUCAAAGAAUACAAUAUUUGGCAAUAUUGGACUAAUAAUUCAAUGUAGCGCAGGCAGCUUUUUGACUAUAGGAAGACUUUAUUGUUACAGAUGCUUUUGCAUAAUUGCUGUAUCCCUGCCACCACCAGAUACAACAGAGUUGGCCCUUGAAGGCAGACAGACAGAUGACGACAAAUGGCCUGAUAUAACCCACACAGAAUUGUGUGGUUUGUUACUAGCAAGUUGUUCAAGGCUGAUACUGAAAGAAAGGAAAUAUGUUGUCAAAAAUGAAUUGAAGCUAAACCGGGCCGGGGAGGGGGGGAGAGAACAGAAGCUGUGGUUUACACGUUGUUUGGACUUUGGGAGAAUACUCCAGCAUUAUGUGGAACUGGAACAUUUAUGAGAGAAGUGACGUUAAAACACAAAUAUCUUUUCUCUCUUAUAAGCCUUGGCUGCAACAGGAUUACUGGGAGAUGAUCUCUCCCUAAGAAGCAUGAUUCAACAAGAUGAAAAAGGACUACAUGACUGUUUAUUCCUUAGCAAUUCUAUGCUGCCUCCAAUUUAUAUGUAAUAAAUGAUAUGUACAAAGCAACAUUUGUGAAAUAAGGUAAGACAACAGGUGUAAAUUCUAGCUCCCAAAAGUUACAGCAAUGCAUGGGCUGCACCAUUUAACCAUGCUGCCAACAUUGUACCCACUGCUCUUUCUACUGUAACAAAGAUUAAUGGGUGUUCGGUAGCUUCCAUUAACUUAUGCCAAUAAAUCACACUGUUCAUUUUUGAUAUAGGA